CGUCGUAGAUCAAUGAACUGGACCGGAGGCUCGGUCGAUCGCCUGGUGUGACUGUAUAGAUGUGUCAGUAGACCUAUAUGCGGCUCCGAGGUCGUUACACACUUUAUAAAUGAUAAUCAAAUGACCAGAAUGUGGAUGUUUUGAAGCGAGCUAGCUGUUUUUUUGUACCGUAUUCACACAACCGCUUCCAUCUUUGCCGGAACUGCGCCGCGAUUUUUGGGGAUUUAACUAGUAUAUUUAAAAGCUAAAACAGCCACGAUGAUCUUUGCAAACCCAGGAAACCCAAUGAAGACCGCCACUCGUAAGCAGUCGUACCCCAUGACUCCGUCCAGUCCCAGCAGCAGCAGCAACAGCAGCAGCACAGGCCUGGAGCAGCUGAGCAAGACCAACCUCUACAUCCGCGGACUGCCUCCUGCCACCACAGACCUGGACUUGGUCAAGCUCUGUCACCAGUAUGGAAAGAUUCAGUCGGCCAAGGCAAUCCUGGACAAGACGACCAACAAAUGUAAAGGUUACGGCUUUGUGGAUUUUGACAGCCCGGCAGCUGCUUUGAAAGCUGUACAUGCUCUGAAAACCAGUGGCAUUCAGGCGCAGAUGGCCAAGCAACAAGAACAGGAUCCGACAAAUUUAUAUAUUUCCAAUCUGCCUCUUUCUGUGGAUGAGAAAGAGCUGGAGAGCAUGCUGCAGUCCUUCGGCCAGGUCGUGUCCACAAGGAUCCUCAGGGACUACAGUGGCAAUAGCAGAGGCGUAGGCUUUGCCAGGAUGGACACAACAGAACAGUGCAACGCAGUUAUCUCACAUUUCAACGGAAAAUUUAUCAAGAUAGCUCCUGGAACUAUGGCUCCCUCUCAGCCCUUGUUGUGCAAGUUUGCAGACAGUCAGAGGAAGAAGCACUCUCACGGAGGAUUUAUUCCUAAUGGACAGACAGCAGAUCUCAGACUAGGUGCGAUGACUUUGUCCUACGACCCCUCAUCAGCAGCUCUACAGAAUGGGUACUACCCUUCGCCAUAUCCAGUCACCAACAGGAUAAUGACCGUACAGCCUACAAUGUCUCCCUACAUGUCUCCUGUCUCUGCCUACCAGGUACAGAGUCAUUCUUGGGUGGCACAUCAACCAUAUAUCAUGCAACACCCGGCUCCGGUAAUGUCGCCCUCUGUUGAUCCCUCCAUGCCACUGCACCCCACAGCCAUGAUUACUCAGCAAAUGGGCCAGCUGUCCCUGGGAAACACUGGAGCGUACAUUGCAGCCAACGCUGGUGUCCAAGGAGCGUACAUGCCUCAGUAUCCCCCCCUGCAGGCCGCCCCUGAAAAUGGAACACCGCAGCAAGUGGAUUCUUCUAACAACUCUUCCCCUUACAGUCAACUCGGCAAGUAAUCGCAGGCUGAAUUUGAAUUUUAUGAAUCAGAGGAAAGAUGGAAAGUUGCUGUCGACAUCAAAGUGACAUCAUAGCUGUGGACCUCUUUGAUUGGACCAGGACUUUUUUUGCACAGCCUCAACCUUUGUGGUGAAAAAAAAAGAGAACGGUGUAAAUGGACUCUAGCUGUCGGGCUAAUCACAAAAAAAAAAAAGAUUUAUUUUGAUAAAAGUGAACAUGUUCUUCUUUUUCUCUUUUUUGAGGAUUCUCAAACGAAAGCCAGAGGACCCCAAACAUUCCCCACCCAAAAGCCACUCCCACCAUUCAUAGUAUGACGUGAUCUUUUGUGCAUGAGCUUUUGUUUCACUCAUCUGUGAUUUGAGAUACUUUAUUCGUGCAAACCUUGUUUUUAGCUGAAGCCUAAAUUUUGGGUGUUUGUCACUGAAUAGAAUCCUGAUACAGGUAACCAUUUCAUUAGGAACUAUCAAAUUUAUUAUUGGAAACGGUGCCUUCCUAACGCCACAUCUAACAUUCACCAUUUCUCAUGGAACAUGAUUUCAUAUCGUGUUUCUAUCCGGCUGAUCCAAGUGUGCGUGUGUGUGUGAGAGUGUGUGAAAUCAUCGAGUGAUUCGCUAUCUGGUCUUCUGGUAGCAAUAAAGACAAAGAGAGUCCAGCUGCAAUACUGAGAAAAAAAGAACGGUGACAAAGUCGAAACAAGAUAACUCUUGUUUUUCUUCCUUUUUUUAAACUAGAAAUGACAUGAGCUGUACUUUUCUGAAACCUAUGAAUUUAGGUUGAACACCAAACGGGCAUCCUUCAGGUGGGAUUUUGAUUUCGUUUGUUUGCUAUUUUUUUGCGGUCAGUGCGACCAAUAAUCUACCUCAUGGUUCUGACUCUGCCGGUGUCGUAGGGUUUGCAGGUUGAGCCCUGACCGCCACAGUGGAUGAAGCAGAACAACAGCCACGCUCAGGAGCUGGCUCAAUAGAACUUCUACCGUUUGUCACCCACAUGCAGCAUUUUAUCUUCCUCAUUUUUAAAGAUGCAUUGUGUUCCACCUCACUUUUGUUGUCAUCAUGUUUGUUGUGUGUGUGUGGUUUAGUUUUUGCCAAGAUCAUGUUUUUUUGUUUUAGUUUUGAUGCUCCAUUUAGAGACCUUUUAGCCUUUCCUUUGAAUAGAUGGCUUACAUGUGCUUGAACAAACAAAUGCAGGUUACAUGCAUUAGGGUUGGUGUUUUUGUUUUUUUUGUGACGUUGCCAUUUUUAAAAUUCAUUUUAAAAAAUAGUCAAAAAAUAUGGUGAAAUUUUGGUCAGCUGUGAACACAAAGAUGGAGCAAUUUCAAUUGAAAAAGUGGCAAUUUUGCAAAGAUAAAUAUGAGCAGUUACAAGUACUUCACAACCACGUCUACUCGACUAAAAUCCACAUCAAUGGUGAUGCCUGGUGGACACCUGACACUAAAGUGAAGUGCUUGUGAAUUAAAAGUGUGGGUUUUAUUUGCUUUUCUACCUGAAUUUGCUGAGUGAAGCCGUAAGAACUCAAUACUUCCAACUUGAGGAAAAACGGUCGCUGUGCUUUAUUUGAUCAAUACUGCAGCAGUAAACAUGCUCUCAAGACGACACAAAACUGGUCCUUCAUGGCAGACAAUUUUAAAUCGGAAGAUGUACUGUUAAAAAUGCUGAAAAAAAAAGGAAAAAAAGAAUAUUGUAAAUUUUACCCUGUUGCUUCCCCUGUCACCCUCAACUGAUUCUCGAAACAAUCAUCUCCUUCCUCUCUUCUUUGAAAACAUUUGAAAUAAGGCCUAAUAAAAGUCUUCUCUU